UUAAUUACGACCUCUGCCUUUGGUCUCCUAGAGGCUGGAGGAAACGGACCCGAAGCAGCGAAGAGGGUAUAUGCGCAUGCGCCCAAGAACUGCCUCCUUGUAGUCCUUACUCCCGACCUUGUGAACAGGCAGUAUGGACAGGUAACAGGAUAUUGCUUUGCUGUGGGGUCAGAGAGUAAGAAUGACGGAGUGCUUCCUGCCUCCCACCAGCAGCCCCAGUGAACACCGCAGGGUAGAACAUAGUGGGAGUCUUGCCCGGACCCCAAGCUCUGAAGAAAUCAGCCCAACAAAAUUCCCUGGAUUAUAUCGAACUGGUGAACCUUCACCUCCACAUGACAGCCUGCAUGAACCUCCAGAUAUUGUAUCUGAUGAUGAAAAAGAUCAUGGGAAGAAAAAAGGAAAAUUUAAGAAGAAAGAGAAAAGAACGGAAGGGUAUGCAGCUUUCCAGGAAGACAGCUCUGGAGAUGAAGCCGAAAGUCCAUCCAAGUUAAAGCGCUCCAAAGGGAUCCAUGUCUUCAAGAAGCCGAGCUUUUCGAAAAAGAAGGAAAAGGAUUUUAAGAUAAAAGAAAAACCUAAAGAGGAAAAGCACAAGGAGGAAAAGCACAAAGAGGAAAAGCAUAAAGAGAAAAAAUCAAAGGACUUAACAGCAGCAGAUGUUGUCAAACAGUGGAAAGAGAAGAAGAAAAAGAAAAAACCAACUCAGGAGACAGAGAUACCCCAGGUGGAUGUCCCUAGGUAUCGACCUGUGUUUGGCAUCCCUCUGGCAGAUGCAGCAGAAAGGACCAUGUUAUAUGAUGGCAUCCGCCUGCCUGCUGUUUUCCGGGAAUGUGUAGAUUAUGUAGAGAAAUACGGCAUGAAAUGUGAAGGCAUCUACAGAGUUUCAGGGAUUAAAUCAAAGGUGGAUGAGCUGAAAGCAGCCUAUGAUCGAGAAGAAUCUCCAAAUCUCGAGGAGUAUGAGCCCAACACUGUAGCCAGCUUGUUGAAGCAGUACCUGCGAGAACUGCCUGAAAACUUGCUUACCAAAGAGCUGAUGCCCCGCUUUGAAGAUGCCUGUGGGAAGAGCUCGGAGGCUGAGAAAGUGCAAGAGUGCCAGCGCCUCCUGAAAGAGCUGCCUGAGUGUAACCUUCUCCUGAUUUCCUGGCUGGUUGUGCACAUGGACCACGUCAUUGCAAAGGAGCUGGAAACAAAAAUGAACAUCCAGAACAUUUCCAUAGUACUCAGCCCUACUGUUCAGAUCAGCAAUCGUGUCCUGUAUCUUUUUUUUACUCAUGUUCAAGAGUUCUUUGGAAAUACAACUCUGAAGCCAGUGACAAAGCCUCUUCGUUGGUCUAACAUGGCAACGAUGCCAGCACUGCCAGAAACUCAAGAAAGCAUCAAAGAAGAAAUUAGACGACAGGAGUUCCUUUUGAACUGUUUGCACCGAGACCUGCAGGUGGGGAUCAAAGAUUUAUCCAAAGAGGAGAGAUUAUGGGAGGUGCAAAGAAUUCUGACUGCUCUCAAAAGGAAGCUAAGGGAAGCUAAGAGACAAGAGUGUGAGACAAAAAUUGCCCGGGAGAUUGCCAGUCUUUCAAAGGAGGAUGUUUCCAAAGAGGAAAUGAAUGAGAAUGAAGAAGUUAUCAAUAUUCUGCUCGCUCAGGAGAAUGAGAUUUUGACUGAACAAGAAGAACUACUGGCAAUGGAGCAGUUCUUGCGCAGACAAAUAGCCUCUGAAAAGGAAGAAAUAGAUCGCCUCAGAGCAGAAAUAGUAGAAAUUCAAAGCCGCCAACACGGUCGAAGUGAAACUGAGGAAUAUUCUUCUGAGAGUGAGAGUGAGAGUGAAGAUGAGGAAGAGCUACAGAUCAUCUUGGAAGACUUGCAAAGACAGAAUGAAGAACUGGAGAUUAAGAACAACCAUCUGAACCAAGCAAUUCAUGAAGAGCGGGAAGCCAUCAUUGAGUUGCGAGUGCAGCUUCGGCUUUUACAGAUGCAGCGAGCAAAAUCAGAGCAGCAGGUGCAGGAAGAAGAAGAGUUUGAGAAGUGGGGAGGCACAUCACAGCAACCACUGCCAAGAGACUCUGUCCUCCCAGAGAUGAAAACAGCAAAAGAACAGCCAAAGGCAACCAAGGAGCCAGUGAAGCCAUCGCCAAGCAAAGACAGAAAGGAAACGCCAAUUUAAUUGGAUUCCUCAGGUAUUUGGGAUAUCUCCUGGGCAAAUCCAGGACUGUGCAACUUACUGUAAAUCUGAGGUUUGUAUAUUCUGUAAAUAAUCUUUUACACUAUGGAGACAUUUUGUCUCCUUCCUACCUGUGGCUUCUGCCUAUCAGGCUCAGGUUACUUGGAAGGACAAAGCAAUUUGAGAUGGUGCAUGAGGAGAGAGGAACGGGUGCAGCACAGCAGUUACUUGGCCAUGUCAUAAAUUGGUUUCAGGUGACCUUAAAGGACUCAGUGGAAGGUUACUUUAAUCCCAUAAUAGGUUACUCACUCUGGACCAGUCCCAGAAAUCCUCUUGUGCAUUAUCAGCCUAAGGCCUGCCUCAUCCCAGACAUCUUUACUGGGAGAAAACCUCUGUGUGUGCACAUGUGCCAUGUGUAGAUCAUACAAGCAUCUUUUUGGCUCUGUGUACACACAUUAGGAAGCUACUAUUGGCAGCAGCAAAACAGAUAUUUGUGCACAAAAAUCCCAUAUAACAGAGGUCUUGCUUCACCCCUCCCCCUGUGCCUGUAUAGGUAAAAGGUCAUAUAUGAAGUGGCCCUUGUGUAGUGGGGUGAGGAGAUGCAACCCAUAACCAUAAAUUUACUUGCCUUGUGUAUUUCUUUGCUUUCUCUCUCACAAGUUCUGCUUUUACUUACUCGUGUGUGUGCCUUCAGAACAGAUGAUAUACAAAGGAGCUUUAAAAAUAGAUUGGUCCCGAGAAGCUGGAAAGUUUUUCAAGUGCUAAACAUUAGCGUUAUUUAACAUGUGCCCCUUUUUGUCUACUAUUCCUAAAACUAUAAUGAAAAUGCAUGGAAAAUCAUGCAAAUAGAUGAGUAUGUCCCCAUUUUUUUUAAAAAAAAAGUUGUUCAACUAAGAGCUGUUAAUCCUCAGCAGUGCACUUAAUUAUAGGUUAACUAGGGAAUGCAAAAUAUUUCUAUUGUGUCUUCAUACUCACUGGUAAGUGCAUAGCAAACAGCCUCUUCAUGCAGACUAAAAGUUUGUUUUUGAAGUUGAUUCCUAUAAUAGUUAAACCCUGUGAAUAAUGCUUUGAUGACUGAAGAGAGUGGAGCGUAUUUAUUGCUUGCUUGAGGAAGACUCCCUUUCCACAAGCAGGUAGUAUAUUUCUCAAGAAGUUCAAGCUAUUUGUGUGCUCUGAAGGAGCUAGACAAAGGGUUCCUGAUGGGGAGUGUGAUCCAUCAUUUGUAUGGGUGUGAAGGUGACUGAGCAGAGACUGACCCACACAUGGAACUCCUCUGCUGCAUGGUCUUCCCCUUCAACAGGCUGGCCAGACAGGCUAUGUAUGCAUCUGCUGCUGCCCCUCUUAAUUCCGUAGUAUGUUGCAGGGCAACUUCCUGCCUGCACAGCUAUGAUGAGCUGGGUUCAGUAUGUUUCUGCAGUGCUGCCAGGAAUUCAUUGGUAGGGUCCUCUUUGUCUUUCAAAGACACUCAUAUUUUUAACACCUAGUUCAAUUGGGUUAUCAUAUCAGAAUUGCUGAAUAGAACUCUGCAGGGUUGUCAGCAGAUUUGUUUCUCGUCUGCAUAUUUAUUUUUCACUGUCGUUGUUGUCUUUACCUGUUGCACUGUUGUGAAUCAUUGGCCAUGAUUUAAUUUUUUGUACAAUAAUGUUUUGAGAUAUGUUACAGAGAACAGCAUAUUUUUUUAAACCUUUGAAGAACGUAUAUGGGGACUAGCUGGAUGAUGAUUCUGUGUGCAAAAAGCAUUUGUCCUAGCCUGUUACAUACAUUUUAUAUUUGCUGGCAGUAUUUAAACCUUUUUUUGUUUAAAUUCACGCUAAUUUCUAUUAAGCUGUCAAACUUUUAUAUAAUCAAUGUUCAUCAGACCAAUCUCUUGCUGUUUUGACAAGACCAUGUUAAUCAAGUAAAUAAAUUCAACAGCCAUCUGCCAA